AUGGGUGGAGUGUGGAACCAAGGCAGGUGGGAGCAGAGAGUUCACCAAAGAGAAGCAGGAUGUGGAGCAGCACAUUUGGGUCAUGACCAUGGUCAGACAGUGAUCAAGGUCAGACAAAGUCUGAUGAUUACACAGGAAGUUCAUAGUGACAAGGCAGAUCAGAGGCCAAACCAGGAAGCCCAGCCAGCAGGUCUGAGUCAAGAUCAAAGUCAGGAUCGAGUAGAGGAGGAUGAUGAUACUGAAUCACAAGAGGAAGAACUGAAAAGCUAUUCCAGAAGAAAGGUUUUUUCCAACUGGAGCCGCUAUGAGAAUACAGAUAAAGAGGGACAGAGUGAAAGUGGGGAAUCACAGAGAGGAACAGACUUCAGUGUUUUGCUUAGCUCAGCAGGAGAUUCCUUUGCACAGUUCCGAUUUGCUGAUGAGAAGGAGUGGGAUAAAGAAAUCAUAUGCCAUAAGCAGUUAUCUGCACUUUCUGUUGACUGCCAGUCUUUGGUCCAGGCACUUCAGGAAUUGCCUCUGCACCUGCGGCUGAAUGUAGCUGCUGAACUUGUGCAGGCAUCAACACCUGCAGAGCUCCCACAGAUGAAAUCUAAAUUUAUUGAAGAUGGCAAGAAGAGAGACCUUCUGUUCCGACAUUCUCAAAGUGAAACAGUGCUUGUUUCCCAUCCCGUUGGUGAUUCUGUUGCUCCAUCAGAGCCUGGACAUAAAAAUGGUCCUGGGGCAAGUGCAGCAGAACCAUUUCAGAGAGCUCAUCCACUAUCAAAGCAAGAGACUGACCGUUUGGAUGAAGAAUUAGAUAUUCUCCUAAAUCUAGAUGCUCCCAUUGAUACAGAAACCAGACCAGUGACAGAUGCAUUAUCCCAAAACACAGCAACUGAGAAAGAUUUGAAAAUGGAUUGUAAGGAAAAUGAUGUUUUAAAACUAGAUAUUCCUGAAGAGAAUAACACAUCAUCACAACAACAGCAAAGUACAUCUAAAAAUGUUACUGAGGAAGAGCUUGAAGACUGGCUGGACAGCAUGAUUUCCUGA